CCGGGACGUAUUAAGAAAGCGCGUGAAGGUUCUUCAUUAAGGCGGCUCGCGGGGUGUGAAGUUGUCGCAGGCCGCGAGCAAAAACAGUGGCGCACGGCCUCGCGCGCGACGUGAUUUGUCACAUAACGUUAACUGAGAAAGAGUGCCCCUUGAUUAGAACCCCAUCAUGGCAGAUCCAGAUCUUGAUUUCACCAGCGGUGAUGCAGGGGCUUCUGCCACCUACCCCAUGCAGUGCAGCGCCCUGCGCAAGAACGGAUUCGUGGUGCUUAAGGGUCGCCCCUGCAAAAUUGUUGAAAUGUCCACUUCUAAGACUGGCAAGCAUGGUCAUGCAAAGGUUCACAUGGUUGGAAUUGACAUUUUCUCAAAUAAGAAGUAUGAAGAUAUUUGCCCCUCUACCCACAACAUGGACGUGCCUAACAUUAAAAGAAACGAUUACCAGGUGGUCGACAUCACUGAGGGUUUCCUCUCCCUAAUGUUGGACAACGGUGAUGUGCGUGAGGACCUGCGUGUGCCAGACAGUGACCUGGGCAAAGAAAUUGAAAGCAAAUUUGCAGCUGGUGAAGAGAUGUUGGUUACCGUGCUUUCAGCUAUGGGCGAAGAAUCUGCAGUGGCUGUCAAACCCAUGACCAAAUAGGAAGAAAGACUGGGCUGCUCAGGCUGCAACAUGCUACACUUUUAACAGAUCUCUUGUAUUUGGUUUUAUUUGUCACCAAAGCUAUGGCCUUCACAAGCAACCUCAAAUAAUUUUGUUGCGAUUGUACUCCUUUUUUCUCCUUCCAAUACUGUGCUGGACUUGUCGGGUCAGUUGGCAUUCUCUUCGGUAAGAGGUUUAUUAUUGUCAGUGUGUUAACCCCCCCUCAAACGCCCCAUUCUGUGUUAUUUGUCCCCCUCAAGUACAGCGUACAUUCCUGGAUGUUUAAGAAAUGGGAUCCAUUUUCCUUUUUGUAUUUAGUUUCUUAAUCAUAAUUGGCGUGCAUAAUUUAUGCAACGUGUUGUGAGGAGAGGAAAGGCCGAACUGACGCAGAAUAAACCAGUGAAAUUCUUAAACCCCAGUCUCAUUGUUCAGAAGUGGAAAGGAUGUGAUGGCCAUGUGCGAAUACCUCUGUAACACAAUAGCAGCCAGCUUGUUUUUGGCUGUCUUUGACAACCUUAAAUAAAGUGUUGAAGCCUGUUA